AUAGGCAGACAGCCAGAUAGCAUAACGUUAGCAUAGAUAGCUAGCAGCUAGAUAGAUAUAAAUAUAUAGUAGGUAACGUUAGAUUGACAAUGAUGAACUACUGUGUUUGUGCUGGGUGUAAAAACUCCACCCAAACAGGACAUAGGGUCCAUGGCUUCCCUAUGAAGGACAAGGCAACCCUCAGACAGUGCGUACAAUUUGUCCGUGUUAGGCGGGCAAAUUUUUCAAUGACCUCCGUCACCACAAACUCCAAGAUCUGCAGCGCGCAUUUCAGGGAGGAGGAUUACGACCCAGGGGAUAUCAGGAUGGUUUCUCUUGGGCUGAAGAGGCUGGGCCGGGUACAGCUUAUUCCGACCGCGGUGCCGUCUGUGCACACGCACCUCUCUGCCUGCCCUGCCCCAAGAGCGAGAAGCACCAACAUUGGUGCCGCCCGCCGCAAGCGAGAGCUGGCUACGAUGUUGACAGAUGCCUCGACGCAGGAGACUGCGGACAGUGUCGGUGCUACGAUGGAUGACCCCUUGCCCUCCUCCACCACUUGUGACACAGUGACACAAUGUAAUUUGAAGCCCCAUGGAAUGUCUCACGCUGUGCAGGUGAACCUAAAGCCCAAGAUGGUCAGUGUGGGGACUCAAACGACUUUCAGGAUGCAAACUUCCACCCCCCUCACUAGUCCUGAACAAACUGAUGAAGAAGAGGAUCCCUCUGUCAUCAUCAGUGAUUCAUCAUGGGUGCCAGAAGACCAGAUGUCUGACGAGGAUGAGGAGGAAUUGUGUGAGGAGGAGCCAUCUCAAACUUGUCACCCCCACCAAAAGUCUGUGCAUCAUGUGGUUACCAGCGUUUCUGGCAAAACCAGCCAAUCCUACACAGGAAUAUGGCAGCCUGCAACCUCCUUUUAAGUGGGGCCAUUCAUUUUACUGGAUGUUUGGCCUCCCAUACAUUGCGAAUGAUGACCCUGUUUGGCCUUCAGUGCAUCAGCGUGAGCACUUACUUUCGUCAUCAGCGCCAUUACACAACCCCUAUCAUCAUUCAGGCCUGGCAGAAUGAUCAGGCCAAGAAUCUGAGUGACCUCAGGGCAAUGGAUGGAGGCCUAGUUGUUGCUGGUGACUGCAGGUCAGAUUCUCCAGGGCACUCUGCAAAGUACGGCUCAUACUCGUUGAUAGAGGAGAGAGUGAACAAGGUGGUGGAUGUGCAACUUGUUCAGAGCUCAGAGGUCCCCAACAGCUCUUGGUGUGAGCUUGAGGGGCUCAAGCGCAGCAUCAGCUUACUGAGGAGGCAGGACCUGCAUUUGUCAACCCUUAUCACAGACAGACAUCGCCAGGUUGCCAAAUGGGUGAGAGAAGAGCUGUGCCCUGAGGGAACACAGCAUUAUUUUGAUGUGUGGCACGUUGGGAAAAGUCUGGGGAAGGCCUUGGAUACAGCCUCAAAAGACAGGCAGUGUGACCAGCUGCAGUUGUGGAGGCCAGCUAUAGUAAACCAUCUUUACUGGACAGCAGCCUCAACCCCAGAUGGCAACCCAGCUGUGAUGGAGGCCAAAUGGAGAAGCUUGGUCAAUCAUAUCCAGGACAUCCACGACCAUGACACCCCUGCCUGUUUCCAGUUGCGCUCAUCCCCCUCUGGAGGGGGAUCAACGUGA